CCCAGAUCAGGCUGAGAGUUCAUAACCAAAUAAGCUUCCAUGCUAAAAUACAGGCCUUUCUCACUCUCAUCUUCAAACCAAGGAUUCUCCCACCGCUUCUUCAGCUCGCGAGGUGAGUGAUCCCUCUACACGCCGUUUUCAACUCAUGUGUGAGGGUUAUCAGGGCUGAUGGGUGGAAGCUGCCAUGACGAUCAGUACUGGGAUGCCUUGGUCAAAGAGUGUCUGUACUGUCAUAAGGCAUGCCAGCAAUCACAUGUCAACACCAGAUGCACCAGUUACUGUGAGUCUGCAAAUUGUAAGGCACUGCCUGGCCACUACUAUGAUGGGCUGCUGAAGAAAUGUAUGAGGUGUGCUGAGGUUUGUGGCAGACAUCCAGCAGAAUGCUCCCAGCACUGCAAGGUUACCUCACACGUGCCAAAGCUCUCAGUGCCGACAGCCCUGGAAGAGUCCACUAUUCUGCAUUACUCCCUGCUGGCCCUGUGCAUGGUGCUGCUGUUUUCUAGCUUGUCUCUAGCAUUGGCAGUCUUUCUGAGGAAGCCCAGGGCCAAAACCUCCAACCCAGGACCCAAGGAGGCUUACCACAACCAGGACUGUGUUGUCCAGCUGGGCCAGGAGGUUGGCCAGCCAGGUGGCCAGCAGGGGCAGAGCUCCACAGAUUUUGUAACUAAUUCAAGCCGUCUCACUGACCGUGAGCCAUCAGAUGACUCCAGCCCUACUGAGACCUGCGUGUGUGUCCACUGUUUCCCUGAUCUGAAAGCACUAGGCCAGGGCAAUGACAGGCUACUGAGAGCGCCUUUCUCAUACUACCCGCAGGCUGUCCACCAUAGAGCCCAGAUCCAAAAGGGAGGGCCUCUCUGGACUGAGGAGAACCUACACACCUCUGGACUGGAGGUGCAGGAGGAGGUUGCAGUGGGAUGAGGCUCAUUUGCCGCCUCACAGGACAACUGGAAGUGUCCCCAGCUCAUAGGAGAAGUGUAUUGGAUUGUCAAUCAGACUGUGGAUACUGUCACAGCAUGCAGCAAGGGUUUUUAUAAGUGUUUAGAUUGAAGAAACUGAAAAAAAAAAAAGUUGUUAAAAGGGGGUGCAUGCUCAAUGUUAGUGCCCUGACAAUGGGACAGCAAAGAACUGGUAAAGGUUGACUGAUGCUUUGCUUCACAUUGCCCCAUGACUUCUGGUAAAGUUUCACUUGAACAUAUCACACAGACUACAGCUGACUACUGACAUGCAUGCAUGUCUGGUCUAGUAGUAUUCAGAAUCCAAAAAAACAUAGUGAAAGAAAUGGAAACAUCAAGGGACAAAAUUAGUCAACUAUUCAAAUGACAGUGAAUCUCAUUAAAUGAUCUUGUCAUAUGCAAAUUGAGAAUCCAAAUUGGGAGUAUGUCUGAUAAAACGUUGCUACUGGAACUGUUAAGUUUAGCUUUUUAGCCCAUGAUUCUUUCAUUGUGGAAGAACAAAGACAAGGUGGAGGCGAACAAUAAGGAGAAAGUGGGUGAAAUCCCUUCUUCACUGGGCUGAACAGCCAGUCACACAGCUCUCUCUCACUGACUGAGGGCCGACUAGUGCUUCGGAAACCUAAAAGGUUACGGUCAGCCACGCAAGCUCAACGACGGCCCAACAGAAUUUUGUGUCAGAUCACAUUUCCAGAUUACAGAAUUUCAGAAAGCAAUAGUCACAGGAAGACACUAAUGUGUGUCCAGGUUUAGGACUCCUGCUCUCUAGACACGUGUUGCUUUUCCACCAUAACAAGUGAAACACACCAUACAUAUUUCAAUUACAACAAAUUCAGUAAUACUAUAGGUAGUAAGCAAUGCUGGAGUCCAAAUCUAAGAAGGAGACAGCAGUAAAGGCCAAAAUACAUAGUUACUCUAUAGAAAUGAGUACUUGUGGUGGUAGUAUAUGGUGCAGGUCUGGGACUGGGAGUCGGAAAUGUUCAAGUUCCACUGCUUCCUCAUUGAGGCUUUAGUUUUAUAACAACAACAACACAACAGUUUAUAACAACCAAAUGAAAAUGGAGGGGCAGAGGCAUGAGUGUGUAUGUACUGGCACAAAUAUGUACAGUUUAUGUAUGUAAAUUGUGUGUACAAUGUUAUGUAUAUAUUCUUGGGGUGGCGGUUUAUAUGAUGAUUCAGAAUGUCCUUGUACUCCUUGCUUUGCCCCCAAUAAGGAAAAAUAAAAACUUGACAUUGAAAAACUAUAAACAUUUGGAGAAGAUAUUCAAAAAUGUUCAAAUCAUCAUCCUUUUUUUUUUUUAAUAAAAGUGUGCUCAACAAAAAUAAAUCUCAUUACAUUAUCAAGGACAAUAAAUAACAGGCACAAAA